GAAUCGAUGAGAAGUAGUGAGAGGUUAUGUUGAUCAGAGACCGAAUGCCUUGACAUUUCUGUUGACACAACUCAGAGAUGGGCUUAUUUGGAAAAUCACAAGAAAAAAACCCCAAAGAAAUGGUUCAAGAAUGGACUCACAAAUUGAGAAAGGAAGGUUAUCAGCUUGACAGACAGGUUAGGGCAAUCCAGAGAGAGGAGGAGAAAGUGAAACGUUCCCUAAAGGACGCAGCAAAGAAAGGAGAUAAAGAUGUGUGUAAGGUUCUUGCAAAGGAGAUUAUAAGAGCUCACAAAGCCUGCAACAAGAUAUACACCUCCAAGGCGCAUUUAAAUUCCGUAUCACUGCAAAUGAAAAAUCAAUUAGCGACAAUCAGAGUUGCUGGUUCAGUCUCCAAGUCUACCGAAGUGAUGCAAGCAAUGCAGUCCCUGAUAAAAGUACCAGAGAUAGCUGCGACUAUGAGAGAAAUGUCGAAGGAAAUGAUGAAAGCUGGAAUUAUCGAGGAAAUGUUGGAUGAAACUAUGGACUCCAUUGAGGACUCUGAAGAUAUGGAGGACGAAGCUGACGAAGAAGUCGAUAAGAUUUUAUGGGAGGUGACAGCUGGCCAGUUGGGCACUGCUCCCGCGGUUGUCACGGAGACUCCUGGAGCGAUCGCAGCCUCCACUUCUGCAGAAGAAGAACCAGACAAAGAGGAUGACAAAGAAUUUGAGGAAAUGAAAAAUAGAUUGCAGAGCCUUCGCAGUUAGAUAAAUAAUUAAAUGAUUGAAAAACAACAAUUUGCGCACCAAAUAUCAGGGAAACAAGUAUUUUCUCGUAUUAGCACACUUUAAAUAAAUGAUAACACAAAUUAUAUAAAUAAUAGCAUUUGCUUAUUUAUCAUAAUAUUGUAUGUUAUUUCGCUAUUUAAUGUAAAUAUUGUACGUAGCGUCGCUUUGUAGAGUACUUAAAUAUUAAAUGAUAGCGUCUAUUUUUACAUAUUCAUUGUUUAAUAAUAAUUUCUUUUAUGAUAAUAAUUGAAGACUAUUAUAACUAAGAAAUAUUCUGUAAGGAUAUAAUAUUAUAAAAUUGAAAAGAUAAAUUGUUAAAAAAUGAUUACCGAAAAAGAAAGUUACGAAAUAAUUAAAAUUUUUAAGAUUUUACAUAAUUUUAACCCUUAUAACUUAUCGUACAGUAUUCACAAAUUGUUUUAUAUAAUGAGUGAUAUUUAACGUUCCAGUUCUAUUCUUCAUGUAAUUUGCUUUACAUACAGCAUUCAGCUAAUAGUUACUACUUGUAAUGAAAGAUAUGUAAAAACAUUAAUAAAUUGUGAUAUAGUGUA